ACUCUGUCUUCCUCCUCCCCAGGCUUCCACGUGAUCCCUUCCGUGUCCAACAUCGUCCCCGAGAGCUGCCUGCUCAUCGUGGUGGGGCUGCUGGUCGGGGGGCUCAUCAAAGGGGUGGGUGAGAAGCCUCCCAUCCUCAAUUCAGACAUCUUCUUCCUCUUCCUCCUCCCACCCAUCAUCUUGGAUGCUGGCUACUUCCUCCCUUUACGCCAAUUCACCGAGAACUUGGGCACCAUCCUCAUCUUCGCCGUGGUGGGGACGCUCUGGAACGCCUUCUUCUUGGGUGGCUUGAAAUAUGCUGUGUGCCAGCUGGGUGGCCCUGGCCUCAACCACAUUGGCCUCUUGGCCAACCUGCUGUUUGGCAGCAUCAUCUCAGCCGUGGACCCGGUGGCUGUGCUGGCUGUUUUUGAGGAGAUCCACAUCAACGAGCUGCUCCACAUCUUGGUCUUCGGGGAGUCCCUGCUAAACGACGCCGUCACGGUGGUCCUCUACCACCUCUUCGAGGAGUUUGCCACCUUCGAGCAGGUGACCAUCAUCGACAUCCUCCUCGGCUUCUUCAGCUUCUUCGUGGUGUCCCUGGGCGGUGUCUUCGUGGGGGUGAUUUACGGGGUGAUCACGGCCUUCACCUCCCGCUUCACCUCCCACAUCCGCGUCAUCGAGCCCCUCUUCGUCUUCCUCUACAGCUACAUGGCCUACCUGUCUGCUGAGCUCUUCCACCUCUCGGGCAUCAUGGCGCUCAUCGCCUCCGGCGUGGUCAUGCGGCCCUACGUGGAAGCCAACAUCUCCCACAAGUCCCACACCACCAUCAAGUAUUUCCUGAAGAUGUGGAGCAGUGUGAGCGAGACCCUCAUCUUCAUCUUCCUGGGUGUCUCCACCGUGGCUGGCCACCACUACUGGAACUGGACCUUUGUCAUCAGCACCCUGCUCUUCUGCCUCAUCGCCAGGGUUUUGGGAGUCCUGGUCCUCACCUGGUUCAUCAACAAGUUCCGCAUUGUGAAGCUGACACCCAAGGACCAGUUCAUCAUCGCCUACGGGGGCCUGCGAGGAGCCAUCGCCUUCUCCCUCUGCUACCUCCUGGACUACAGGCACUUUGGGAUGAGGGACAUGUUCCUCACAGCCAUCAUCACCGUCAUCUUCUUCACAGUCUUUGUGCAGGGCAUGACCAUCCGGCCCUUGGUGGACCUGCUGGCCGUGAAGAAGAAGCAGGAGACAAAACGUUCCAUCAACGAAGAGAUCCACACGCAGUUCUUGGAUCACCUUCUGACGGGGAUUGAGGAUAUCUGUGGGCACUACGGGCACCACCACUGGAAGGACAAGCUGAAUCGCUUCAACAAGAAGUAUGUGAAGAAGUGCCUGAUCGCCGGGGAGCGCUCCAAGGAGCCCCAGCUCAUCGCCUUCUACCACAAGAUGGAGAUGAAACAGGCCAUCGAGCUGGUGGAGAGCGGGGGCAUCGGCAAGAUCCCCUCCGCCGUCUCCACCGUCUCCAUCCAGAACAUCAACCCCAAGAGCCUCCCCGUGGAGCGCAUCCUGCCAGCCCUGUCCAAAGACAAGGAGGAGGAGAUCCGGAAGAUCCUCCGCAACAACCUGCAGAAAACCAGGCAGAGGUUGAGAUCCUACAACAGGCACACCCUUGUGGCCGACCCCUACGAGGAAGCCUGGAACCAGAUGCUGCUGCGGAGGCAGAAGGCCCGGCAGCUGGAGCAGAAGAUGAACAACUACCUGACAGUUCCUGCUCACAAGCUGGAUUCUCCCACCAUGUCCCGGGCUCGCAUUGGCUCAGACCCCCUGGCCUAUGAACCCAAGGCGGACUCAGAGAACCUGCCCAUCAUCACCAUCGACCCGGCCUCCCCGCAGUCCCCCGAGUCCGUGGACCUGGUGAACGAGGAGCCCAAGGGCUGUGGUGGCCUCCCCCCCUCUCCCGAGGAGGACGAGGAGGGGCUAGUGAUGCGGGUGAAGGAGCCUUCCUCCCCUGGGACCGACGAUGUCUUCACCCCGGGGACCAGUGACAGUCCCAGCAACAUGUCGCGGUGCCUGAGCGACCCGGGGCCGCGGCCGGAGCCGGACGAGGGGGAGCCCUUCAUCCCCAAGGGGCAAUAG